UUCUAUUGAAAGUUGAGACAAUCUCUCUUUAUUCUCUCCUCCCUUUGUCAUGAUGAAUCCCAUUCCUUCUUCAAUGUAUAAUGUUGCAUUAAUACUACUCUUCUCCUUCCUCUUGGGGAUGAGCUCUGCUAAGUUGUCCGAAAAUUUUUACAAAAAGUCAUGUCCUAAAGUGCUUUCCAUAAUCAAAUCUGGCGUUCGCUAUGCUGUGUUGGCCGAGCCUCGGAUGGGAGCAUCAUUGCUUCGUCUCCUUUUCCAUGACUGCUUCGUUAAUGGUUGUGAUGCAUCAAUAUUGCUGGAUGACACGGUAAACUUUAUCGGGGAGAAGUCUGCUGCCCCAAAUAAGGGAUCAAUUAGAGGAUUUGACGUGAUUGAUAAAAUUAAAACUCAAGUUGAGAAAUCUUGUCCUGGUGUCGUAUCUUGUGCAGAUAUUUUAACCAUUGCAAGUCGAGACUCGGUUAUUUUGCUAGGUGGUCCGAGUUGGAAGGUUUUACUAGGCAGAAGAGACUCAACUACUGCAAGUUUCAGUGAUGCUAACAGGGACCUUCCUGCACCAGCUUUCAAUCUCAGUCAACUCAUUUCUUCUUUCUCAAACAAAGGCUUUAGUGUCAGGGAAAUGGUUGCUCUCUCAGGAGCUCACACAAUAGGGCUAGCUAGGUGUGUGAGUUUUCGAGAUCGAAUUUAUAAUGACACGAAUAUAAAUGCCUCAUUCGCAAGAUCAUUGCAAGCAAUCUGUCCUCGAAGCAAGGAUGACAAUAACCUUGCUCCACUUGAUAGCACCCCAAAGACAUUUGACAAUGGUUACUUUAAGAACUUGCUUAGCCAAAAAGGACUUUUGCAUUCAGAUCAAGCGCUCUUCAAUGGAAGUUUUACAGAUUCUAUAGUCAACACUUAUAGUGCAAACCCUUCGACCUUUGCUUCAGAUUUUACAAAAGCUAUAGUAAAAAUGAGUACUCUCAGCCCUCUCACGGGCUCAAAUGGUCAAAUUAGAAAGAACUGCAGGAAAAUCAAUUGAUCGAGACCCAAUCAAAAUGCCACCCAACAAUUAUAUUACCAAUUAAAUAAAGCUUCGCAAUGGUUUCGCAUUUUCCUCAUCAGAAAAAAAAAAAAAAGAAAUUAAAUAGAGUCUUAUUAAUGUAACUUUUACUUUUGAAUAUCCUGAAUGU